CAGCUCUCGGAGCUGGGAGAGAGGAAAAAAAAAAAAAAAAAAAAGUCUCAACUGGCUCAGACCGCGUCUCUCUCUUGUCCCAGAAAAGGUCCGUAAAGUUUUGUCACCGAGGAGAGCGACCCCAUGUAAGAAACCGGAUGACGGAUAGCUUCAAAGCUGGAUUUGCGUGGCUGCUUUCUUUUUCGCUGUAACUGCGGGUUUGCAGAGACUUCAGGCCGGUGGUUUUUCAACGCGAAGUCCAAGUCUCCGGGAUCGCCUCUCAUCUCGAAGUUCCCAAGAUGAACUUCGGUCCGGUGCUCGGGAAACUUUCUGUGUUGGUGGUGGCAGCGCUCCUGACUGGGCUCGUGUGUCACGCAGCAGAUCCUCCAGCGUCUCAGUGGUCCAGCGACGAGUACAGAAACCUCACCCUACGACGACACAGAACAUGUGUGGAGAACCAUCAAUACCUCCACAAGGGACUCUGCUGCCUCAACUGCCAUGCUGGAACCUUUGUGCAACAGGCCUGUGAGAGAGACCAAGAGCAAGGGACCUGUCUUCCCUGUGAGCAUGGACAGACUUACACAGAGCACUCCAACGGGAUGAACCGCUGUCUGCCAUGUACCAACUGCCGCUCAGAUGAGAUUGAAACUACAUCCUGCACCACGACUACAGACACCAAGUGCCAGUGCAAACCGGGGACCUUCUGUGUGCCGGAUCAGGCCUGUGAAGUCUGCAAACGUUGUGCCAAGUGUAAACCGGGGGAGGAGGAGGUGAGGAAGUGCACCCCCUUUUCUAACACGGUGUGUCGAAAACGGGAUCCGUCCCCUACUGAAACCUCCCUGAAAUCCGCCCCCACACCAACACCUCCCUCUUCAGUGGACAUUGCUAUUCCUAUAUGUAUUUUUCUGGCCAUCAUCAUCCUCAUUUCUCUCGUUGGACUGGCUGUGUGGUGGUUCGUGUUCAAGCAGCGUUCAUGUGAAAUACCAUGUUCAAAGAGCCAUUGUGAUUCCAGUGAAAUUGUGAAGAUUCCUAUUGAUGAGAGUGGAGCCACGGCGGAGGAGAGACAGAAUAACCAGAAUGCAGGUCUGGAGGGCGAGGAGUCCCGUCCGGAGUCACGACCACUGCUGCAGGAGACCCAGGCUGGGAUAACCAAGUCUCCUCCCCUCGAGGAUGAGGACCGAGGACUAGGGGACAGUUUGCCCAACACCACUAGCUCGUCUCAGACCAGCCUGUCGGCCCUGCCCACAGCAGCUUCCUCUGGUAACACCCCACACCAGAGCCCCAGCGCCUUCAGACUGCCGCCUGCAGACAUGGAUGAUCCUCUGAGACAUCGACUGGUGCCACUACAAGGGUCCGAAAAAUCCCUGAAGAAGAGCUUUGAUUUGUUCGACGAGUACCUGGACGUGCGGAUCCAUAACAAGUUCUUCAGGUUGAUUGGAGUCAGCGACAAUCACAUCCGGAUCGCAGAAAACGGCACCCCCAGUGACAAAGUUUAUGAACUGCUGAAGAGCUGGAUGCAGAGGCGUGGACUAAAAGCCGACAUCAACGACCUGUUGGACGCUUUGCUCAGUAUGGACCAGCGGCGCUCGGCCGAGAGCAUCGCCUCCUUAGCCCUGCAGAAAGGCUACUACAAGCACGCAGACACGCCCUGAAAGCUGAAGGAACAGGGGCCGCAGGUGAAUAAAAUGCAGCACGAGAAAAACUUAAUAAAGCACAUAGAUGCAGUCAGUGGACACUGUGUCUCACGAACAGGCUUACCUCUUUGUGGCUGACCGGCCAUGUAUUCAAAAGCCAGUAGUUUUAAAAAAAGAAAAAAAAAGAAAAACACAAAAAGGGGAAGGUCAAGUCGUAUUGAUCAGUGCUCUGAGGAUGUUGACUAUCUGCCAAAUACUGAGGUGUAAUAAUGAACACGAAGAAGAGAAGUUUUGUGGUCAAAUUCAACAGCGUUACCACCAAAGACGACCAUUAAAAUGUGUGUUUUGUUUGUUUUGGUUUUUUUUUUUUUUUUUUUUAAAAGAGCAGGAGAAACGUGAAGGUGUCAACUUCCACAGGCAGAAACAGCUGCAAGUUUCAGCCUCUAAUGAAGCGACAUGCAGCCAAAUACUGAAAGCUUCGAUGUCUCUGGGCGGGUGUCACGCACCUCUACCCAGAUCGUAGUGCACCACCUAGAGACAAGGAUAUACACUGGUUUGUAGGAGUGGCAUUAGCUAUGUCACUAAUACUGUGCCUCUUUGAUGCACUGACCUCUGGCACAUGUAGGAUUUUAAAACUACAGUCAUGCUAUGUUUGUUUUUUUUUUUUUAUUGUUUAGAUCUCGGCUUCUCUGAAACCGUAUGUAACAGUCCAUGAGCAUUUUCUCGACUAAUGAUAGGAAAAUAUUGUUAUGGCAACAGUUAACGUUACUAAUCAUAAACUUUACCUCUUCAAUGCCAUCUGAAAAUCUAAAUUUACUUUUCUUUUUUUUUCAUGUCCAUGUCAGAUUUCUUCCGAUCAAGUCACGUUGUAAAGAUGUUUUUCGUCCAGUCUUUUAAAUGUUCAGUGUUACGACUCAUACAUCGACAUUGGAGAAGGAAUUUCACAAGCUGUUUCUGUUAGCUGUUUAUAGUUUAGUAAAAAUGUUUCCACAAUGUUUUCAAGCAAAUUGGAAAACUUCAAAGGUUGUUUUAUUUAUUAAUAUAUUUAUUGUAAUGAAUAAUAAUUAUCUUUUAUUAUUUAUAUCAUUGCCAAAAGCGACCCUGGAGAACAAGCACACUGUCUGUUUGUGUGGUGAUGAUGUUUUAGCUACAGGGCAAAAUGACUGACAUCAAAAUGUUUCAAGGUGUGGGUGAAAGUUGUAGUAGCGUUUUUGUUGAAAACUCUGUCCCCGCUCGCUGCGCUGCGUUCAGCGCGACACAGUCGAUUUGUCAGCGUUACAUGUGCCAUUUCUUCACAAAUGAGUUUCCAUUUAGGCGACAUUCGUCACGGUGUCGGAGGUUAUUUUUUUGUUUUGUUUUUUUUUUCUCGAUGCUGAGAGCAGAAUGUGUCAAAUUGGAGCUGGAAUGAAAUCAGUCUCAGAAAAUGUUUUAGUCCACCGACUGACCGAAUAGUCCUUCAGUACAUGUCGGUGGUGACUUGAGGUGCAGGUACGCAUUGCUUUGUCUUAGUUAGACGAGAUGAAGGAAAUCUUUUCUGGAUUUAAAAAGAAGCUCAGAUUUAUUUCCCCCAAAUUCCUUCCCAUGUACAUAUAAAUGUCCAGAGAGCAUUGAAGCCUCACAAUAUGCAUAUGUAGUUUAUAUGCAGCACUUUUAACAAACCAACAUGACUAUAGUGAGGUAUGAAGUUAUUGAGGACAGCAGAACAUGCAAACCAGAGCGGUUGCUGUUGAUGUUGUGACGUUGUAAGGUAGAAUUUGCCCGUUCUCCUGCAGUCUCUGAUGUAUAAAGUGAAGAGUUACAGAGUUAUAUAUUAUUGCUGAAGAGUGAUGCUACAGUGCUGGCACUGCCAUCUACUGACAGACAAUGAAAAUACAGCCUGCAUCAAUUUCUAGGGACCCUAUACACUUGCUUUCUCACUCAACAUUCUCACUUUUUAAUUUUUUUUUUUUUUUUUUUUUUUAUCUCAUCCAUUUCUCAGCUCAUAGCCUUUUAUCUGUCCUGCCUCUCCUGCAGUAGCGUAGCAUUGAAUAGGCUUCGUGUGAGUGUAUGUCUCUUUUUUCUUUUUUUUAAUAUACUUUCUGUGUUUUUACCUUUUACAUAUUUCAUUGCAAGUCCUAAGUUGUUCAAUUAACUUCCCUUGUGUAAAAACUUUCUAUUGAGCGUUACCGUUAAGCCAUUUCCCCCCUUAGUUAUUGUUUGCUUGUCAAGGAUUUCAGAUUUAAAUUAUGCAAAUACAACAAAAGCUGUUUUUAUGUCAAUUUCAAAUAAAUGUUUUGUACAGAUA